AUGGAGGUGGUCUUCAGAUCCAAGAGGAGGAGGAAACUUGCGAAAGAGGAAGAGCACAUCGACUACAUCAGCUGCCUCCCUGACACCAUCCUCAGAGACAUCAUCUCCCUUCUUCCCACCAAGAAUGGUGAAUGCACGCAUGUCUUCUCCUCCUGCUGGUGCCAGAUCUGGCGCUCCGCUCCUCUCAACCUUGACCUCAACCCCGACUUCGAUGUACUCCCCAUUCCCAUGUAUAUCCCCACCAGAGUAAUCUUGAGAAUCCUCUCCACACAUCAGGGCCCCAUCCACCGCUUGUCCAUCCCCGAGGUCUACCUAUACUAUAGGAAUGACCAUGCCAUGAUCUUGGACAUCUGGCUACGAUUCCCUACCGUUGACAGACUACAAGAGCUUGAGUUCCAACAUGACCGCCAUUGUAGGCGGAUCCCACCACUACCGCCACUUCCUACAUCGGUACACUGCUUCUCGUCAACCCUUCGUGUCGCAAGCUUUGGUCACUGCAAUUUCUUGGGUGGAAAUAGUGCCAACAGGCACCACUUUCUGCUUCUCAAGAACUUGAGCCUUUUUGAUGUCAACAUCUCGGAGAGUUCUCUACAUUCCUUACUUGCUUCCUGCCCUAUCUUGGAGAGCUUGCUACUAAUUGGCCAAAUGGGUUGCUCCCACAUCCAAAUUGUGUCACCGACCCUUAGAAGCAUUUGCGUGUGUCCUGGUUAUUUAAACUUUGAGUUGCCACAACUCAUUAUCGACGAUGCCCCUUGUCUAGAGAGGUUACUUCAUUUUCAAAAAUUUAAUAGCAUGAAAUCUCCAUCUCAGUGA